UUCAUCAAGUGCUUUCGUCUUUAGAGUUUUAUCCAAUGAGAUUAUCUCAGUCAACAGUUCGCAUUCUAAGAGCAAGCACAAUGGAAUCUUCUAGCAUACUUUUGAUCCUUGUCGUCCUUGUGAUAGGCACGUCCACUUGCCUUGCACAGAUUCACUUCUCGCCCGACUGGGGUACAGGGAAGAGGGCGGUCUCCACUGUCACCGAGAAGGAAAUCCCACACUGCUGGCAGAUCGCGGACAAAGAAAUCAUCGAUAUCAUGCUUUUAAUACAGCGAACCGCAAAGAAACUCUCUUCCUGCCUGAAUACCUGCCCAGAACUGUGACGACAUGUGUGAAAGCAUUGGCUCAGCUGCAGCAGAGUUGAUUUGAUGAUGCUGAUCGCUUGGUCUUUAUACGCCUGAGAGCUCUACACUUUCGCCAAAGAACGCCAGACAAAAACACCAGACUUCCAGAUGUUACCGACUGCAGGAAAAUCCAAAGGAACUGAAAGUCUUACAGCUUGGUAGAGCCUCACAGAACUAUGUCGCAUUAUUUCUCAGACAAGUCGCCAUUAUAGUUUGUAGCAAAGUAAAAUCAUCCCAGGAGGUCAUUACCAUGAAUCGCAGUGGAAACAACUGAGGCUGUGAAUAACUAUAAAAUCAACGAAGUUUCCUUUCAAAUUGUAACUUUUAUAUCAACAAAAAGUGUUAAAAGGGUAGCCUUGGGAGCGGAAAAAUAAAGAAUAAAACAGAAUCUUGUUUAUUUUA